AACCGACUCCAUAGUUCUCCAAUUUAUAGUUGUGCCCUCAAUUCAAAAUCUAUCACACACAUUAAAUCACUUUAAUCAUUUAUAUUUUGUCUUCACAAAAUUCAAUUAGAAAUAAUAUUUUAUAGACACACGUUGUGAUUAAGUGAAGUGAUGUCUAUCGCAACUGUAGGAGGCGCUGGAAUUCCUAAAAAAUCAUGGCAACCAUCAAAUGUUACACUUGAAACAACGUAAGUUAAAACUUGGUUUCUUAAUUUUGAAUAGACUUUUUUGACUUAACUUAGCCACCACUUAGUUAAGAUUAAGACUUUGUUUAGUCGGCGAGCCUUAAAUCUUAAGACUCACGUUUAUUAAUUUAUUAAUCCAGGGACCGGCACUGGUCCACCAGCCUUUAAAUCCUAAGACUCACGUUGGCGGUCAGCACAACAAUACUGUUUGUAAUACAAUUAAAUAUUGAUGGUCAAAUAAUGAAAAUAUAACUCACCUCACUUUAAAUACUUUAAAUAUAAUAUAAAUUAUACCGGUACAUAAAUUCAUUCUUACCUAACUGAAAAUACGAGUUAAUUAGUAAUAAUAAUUUGGCUAAACUUAGGCUUAGGUCUUGUGGAUUUCUUAUGGUCGGUGACCUGAAGUUGAUCUCACAUUGGCUCACACAUGGGUCAAUGGGAUACGGGUCAUCUCACAUAUGGAUAUGGCAGCUGGACAUUGGUCCCCUCACACAUUGCCAUUAUAUAGAUCAUCUCACACAUGGUCACCGGAAACAGGUUGCCUCACACACAGCAGAUGAAGGCGUGUUGCCGAACUCAUUCAUAGUGAUUGGACCCAGGUCACCUCAUACACUGCAACUGGGCAUGGGUUACAUCUCAUGGCAACUAAAUACAGGUCAAUUCACACAAAGUUACCAAAUGAUGGGCAGCUUCACACAAGGCAUCUGGGCAUGUUACCUCACACAUGGCAACUGGAUAUGGGCAAACUCACUAACAGCCACUAGAAUAUGUAUUGCCUCACAGCCACAAGAUGCAGGCCUGGGUGUUGGGUGAAUGGUUGUCCAACAAUAGACCAAACAAGUUUACUGCGGACAUGUCCCCCAAAUGUUGAUAAUUUUGGCACCAUAUUUGUGAUAUGCACUUAUGCAAACUUUUUUAUUGAUAUUUAGUUAGAAGAAUUAUUUGCAAAUCCCACAUGUGACUUGUAAAGUCAUGCGACUACAUUUUUCUUUCAUUCAAAAUGGCAGUCAUCAUCUAAUUUUUAAAAUUAGAUCUAGUACUAGUUUAGUAUUAGUAUGUUUUUUAGUUUUUAACUCCAUUAGUAAAAUAUUUAAAUAAUAUUUAUAAGAAUGAGCCAAUGUUGAUUGGUUACGAUCCGACUGACACAGUUACCUACUUAAAAAUUAGUAGAUUUUGCAAUAGCAGUUUCACCGAGGUCAUAUCUUCUAGUAAUUAUUAUAAAGUGUCAGGAUUUGCAAUAAUAUUUUCUUACACAGUGGAACCUCUCAUAACGAGCAUUAUUCAUUCCAGAAUCUUACUCGUUAAGCGAAACACUUGAUAAACGAAACAAUUUUUCCCAUACAAAUCAAUGUAAAAUACGAUUUUUCAAAAAAUUUUAUUAACAUUGAUUCAAAUAAAAUUACUUAUGAAUUGUUAAGGAGUGUAACAACUUGGAAUAGGAUUUAGAUUUGAAACAAAAAAUGUAAAUGAAUUUAUGACAAAUAAUUAAUCCUUUUUAACUAGAAAACUGUCUAAAAACAUUUGUUUUUGCAGACGCUUCAAAAUUUUACGAAAAUGUGUCACAGCAUUAUCAUUGAAUAAAUUUUUAGCACGAAUAGCCACCUCCAUAUUAGGGUGAUGCUUCUUAAUGUACGAUGCAACAGUUUCCCAUGCUUUCAGCAUUUCUCUAAUUGCGCUAGAAGAUUGUUGCUCCUCUACUUCCUCCUCCAUUAAUGAGCUCUCCUCCAUAAUUUCUUGCUGUGAAACACGAUGCAACUCCAUAAGCUCUUCGGUGGUCAACUCUUGACUGUGCUCUUUCACAAGCUCUUCAAUAUCGUUGUUGUCCACCUCGAGUCCCAUGAUAUUGGCCAAUGACACAAUCUCGUUAACUGUAGACUUCACAGGUACUGUUUCAAAAUCACAUUCAACAACUCUCUCUGGCAAAAGUUUUUUCCAAGCAGAAGUGAGGGUCCUCUUGGUAACUCCUUCCCAAGCCUUGUCAAUCAUCUUGAGGCAAGCAACAAUGUGAAAAUGAAGCAUCCAUCGCCUUAAUUUUGUUUUUGUUCUUGAGAAUAGUGCAGAUCGUUGAUGUUGACAGUGUAUGUGCGCUCUAGAUUAGCCACGCUCACACCUUGUUCCCGCUUUUCAAUGAUUUUACGUUUCAUUUCAACAGUUAUUUUUUCUCUCUUAUGACUGUCUUCUUGUUGUUUUUUCUUCGAAGACAUUUUAGCACAGGUUAUUACACUUUGCACAUAAAAAAAUUACGAAUACUGUCUAAAUACAAAAUUUGUAAAAACAGGUGAUCACACACGAAAACAAUACGCUAACAGACCGAGCGCUAAACACAGACUAAUGCAUCAGCGCGGAUGUCCCGGCUCACAAAGGAAUGUUGAGAAAAAGGGACUUCCCCUUUCUGCGUAACUCGUUAUGCGAAAUUUCACUCGUUAAGGGAGCAACUUCUUCACAUUUUUUUUUGCUUGUUAUGCGAAUUACUCGUUAUGAGAGGUGCUUGAUAUGAGAGGUUCCACUGUAGUACCAUUUGGCUUACACUAGAAUAUUAUUUUAUGGGGUUGGCUAAUGAGUGGUUAUACUUAUACACUUUCCAGGCUUUUCCUGGCCAAAACUAAGGGUUCAGCUUAUGAACGAUCUGGCUUUAGAUAGAGUAUACACAAAAAGUUCAGUGAAGCCCUUAUGAGUGUACCGGGGUAAUAUACAUUUCUUUAAAAAAAAAGGACUUUGUUUUUUCCAGUAGGCUAUGUCAUAACUGUCUAAAAAUAAAUUGAAUCAAAUUGUGUUGGGGGGGGGGGUAAAUAAACAAUCAUGGUGUCGGCCUAUGUGUGUCCAAAAAUAUACUGGUUAAGGGCGGGGGAUUUCAUUUUCUUUUCUGUGUACAUUUUUAUAUAUGGAUGGGUGGCCCCACAGUUUACUGCGGGAGGGGAUGAGAAGUUAACUGAACAUACCAAACUUCCAAAGGCUGCUUAUAUCAUCCUGGAAAAUAUAACAUUUCCAUGUACUGGUAUUGACUUAACACUGUGAUUACCAGUUUCCACAAUGAAAAACUUUAUUGUAAGCUAAGAUGUUAAUAUUAUAUAGUUUAUAUAAUAUUAUAAUUAUAGUUUAUGGCAUAUUUUUACAGUUAUCAUCUUUGAGCCUUUCUCCUUAAAGAAAAUAAGAUUCUGUUGAUUGCAAGUUAUAAAAAAUUAUUAGAUUAAUUAAUUAACUUUUUAUAAGUUACAACACUGGCUUUUUUGUGAAACCAUUUGACAUUGUUUUUUAAGGUCAGCCCAGAAGAAAACAGGCUAUAAUUGUUUGGCUUCUUCUAAUUGUGUAAUAUAACUAGCAUAGUAUUUAGCAUGAUUUAGUUUUUAAUACUGUUGCUAGUGAUAUUUAUUAGUUAUAACAGGACAUAACCUACUCCAAAUAAUAUAUUGUAUUAGUAUCUAAAUAUCUUUAUCAAAAUUAAUCAUUAUUUUCCACAGGAUGGGAAAUAUUGUCAUUGAACUAUAUUGGAAACAUUCCCCAAACACAUGCCGUAAUUUUGCUGAGCUAACAAGACGAGGAUACUACAAUGGUAUCAAAUUUCACAGAAUUAUUAAAGAUUUUAUGAUUCAAGGGGGAGAUCCUACUGGAACUGGUAAAAUGCUACAUAAUUUAUAUCUUGCUUCUUAUCCUUCUAACAUAAAUAGAUAAUUAUAAUUGCUUUUCUUUUUAUCUACCUUUGCCUUAUGUUUCAAUUUAAAAAAAAAAAGAAUAAGUCAGAUCAAAUGAAUAUGCACCAAGAAAAAUGUAAUGUUUUAUAACCCUGAAAGAUCAUGGUCACCAUUCUAAAUUGGAUAAAAAUCAGCACAUCAGACAAUAACAAAGACAUCCAUGUCUUUGGCGCUACAGGGUUUUGGUCUGCCUCACCACAUCCUUCCACUCAGACCUAACUGAUGCUUUUCUUUUUUAUGCUUGGAUUCCUGCAUGCUGUAGAUCCCUCUCCACAUCAUCAAUCCAUGUUUUCCUCUGGGGUUUUGGUGGUUCACCCUCUUCACUCCUCUGUCAUUUGGCAUUUUUUCUAAAUGUCUAGCCCAGCUUAGCCUGCCCUUUUUUUAUUUCUGCUGCUAGUGUGAGAGCCUGAUAUAGACUGUACAAUUCCUGGUUGGUUCGUAUUCUCCAUCCACAUUCAUCCUUUGUUGGUCCUUAUAUUUUCCGGAAAACUUUUUUCGUCCAUGUUUUUAAUAGGUUUUCAGCGGUUUUUGUUAGGGUUAAAGUUUCACUUGCGUAUGUUACAACUGUUCUGAUUACAGUACUAUAUAUUGUUUUCUUUGUUUUUCUUGUAAUGUUUUUACUUUGGAGUAUUUUCUGACUACUGAAGUAUGCCCUGUUUCCGGCCAAUAUUCUUUCUUUUAUUUGUGUUAGUAAUUCGUUUCUUUCAUUUAAUAAAGAUCCAAGAUAUUUCAAUUGAUUUACUUUUUCAGAAGUCUGGUUUAUUUAUUUAUAAAUUUAUUUUGAUGCCACAAAAACUCUCGUCUCUUCACUCAUUCUUUCAAAAUUUGACUACUGUAACAUUCUUCUCUCAGGCAUUCCUCAACACCACAUAGACAAACUUCAGAAGGCACAGAACUCAGCAUGCAGACUCAUUUUUAAAUUAAAGAAACAUGACCACAUUCAACCACACAUGCGGCAACUCCACUGGCUUCCAAUAUCCUCUCGCAUCAAAUACAAGUCUUCCAAUCUUUGUUUCAACUCGUUCACUGACCCUCACUUUCCUGUCUAUCUCUCUGAACUGUUGCUUCCUUACAUCCCCACAAGACAACUACGUUCUUCCAUUGACAGUAGAACCCUCUCCAUCCCAAGAACUAAAACUAAGACCAUCGGUGAACGCUCCUUCUGCUUCCAUGGGCCCACGUUCUGGAACCAGCUCCCCUUCCAUAUACGUCAUAGUGAAACCUCGUCCAUUUUCAAAAAGUCCCUUAUCAAACUUCAGAAGGCACAGAACUCAGCAUGCAGACUCAUUUUUAAAUUAAAGAAACAUGACCACAUUCAACCACACAUGCGGCAACUCCACUGGCUUCCAAUAUCCUCUCGCAUCAAAUACAAGUCUUCCAAUCUUUGUUUCAACUCGUUCACUGACCCUCACUUUCCUGUCUAUCUCUCUGAACUGUUGCUUCCUUACAUCCCCACAAGACAACUACGUUCUUCCAUUGACAGUAGAACCCUCUCCAUCCCAAGAACUAAAACUAAGACCAUCGGUGAACGCUCCUUCUGCUUCCAUGGGCCCACGUUCUGGAACCAGCUCCCCUUCCAUAUACGUCAUAGUGAAACCUCGUCCAUUUUCAAAAAGUCCCUUAAAACUCACCUGUUUAGGUCCGCCUAUGACCUGUGAUGCACCCUCCUUGCCCUACCUAAUUUUCUGUUUCGGUUUAAUCCAGAAGUGUCAAAGUGUCCUCUUUUUAUAGCCAUUUUCAUUGUUUCUAUAGAAUAGUAGUUACUAUCCUAGUGUCUCAUUUGUAUUUACUUAGUUUACUUGUUUUAAUAAUUGUAAAGCGCUUAGAGCUUUAUGAUAAGCGCUAUAUAAAAAUGCCUAAAUAAAUAAAUAAAUAAAUAAUCUGAAAUUCCCUUAAGUAUUCUCCAUGAACCUUUAAUAAGUUCUGCUGUGAUGAAUUCUUUUCCAGGGGCUUUGCGGUUUUUCAUAGAAUCAAUUACUUCUGUAGCUUUUUCCAAAGUUGCAGAGUUUAUUAAAGGGUCUGGUCCUCCAUGUGGUUGUUGAUAUUCUUCAUCUUAUCCAUUGUCUUCAUUUAUUAUUCUCUGAAAAUAUUCAGCCCAUCUCUCCAGUACUUGACAAUUUUCCGUAAGUAAUUCUCCAUCAUUGCUCUCACACAUUUGAGGUCUGGCUUGGUAUCCAUUCUUUUCGUCUUUUAUCUUCAUGUACAUUCUUCUAAUAUUUCCCUCUCUUGAUAUUUCUUCUAUUUCUUUGGUUUAGCUUUUUCCCAUUCCCUUUUUUCUUCCUACACAUUUUCUUGGCUUUCCUACUGGCUUGAUUGUAUACUUGUCUCAUAAUUUCUUGUUUCCCUUUGUAUCAUGGUUAUUUGUGCCUUGUUCCUUUCUUUGUCAGUCUCUCUGCAUUUAUUAUCAAACAUCCUACUCAAUUGUUAGUUUGUUUAAAUCCUACUACUUUUCUGAUGUUCUUUUCAUAGGAUUUUUUUUAUCCUAUCCCACUGUUCAUUUAUGUUGUCUUCCCUGUUUAUUUGCUCCUGUGAUGCUUCUACUUCAUUUUGGUAAGCUUUUGCGGUUAGUGGGUCUUAAGUAAGUUUUUUGGUAAUCAUAUCAAUUUUCUCUUUGAUUUCGACCAUUGUGUAUUUUGCUUAUUUUCUGCUUACAUUUAAACCUUACGUCUGCAUCCGCUCCUCGAUAGCUUCUCACGUCUUGCAUGUCUGAUCUAUGCCUCAGAUCGAUUAGAACAUGGUCAAUUUGGUUGUGAGUGAUUCUAUCUGGUGAGUUCCAAGUAACUUUAUGUAUAUUUUGUGUGUGGAAACUUGGUGCCGCUGUUAUGGGUUUUCCUGAAGCAAAGUCUAUGAGUUGAUCUCAUUGUCAUUGGAUUCUUCAUGUAUACCGGUACUCUCCUUGCCAAUUGUUGAUAUAAACACUUUUUUUCCCUAUUUUGGCAUUAAAGUGGCCAAUCACUAUUAUAAUAUCAUGCUUAAGUGCCUCAUCAUAGAUUUUUUCCGUCUCAUAAAAGAAUUUUUUUUUCUGACAGUCUGUAUAUUCGAUGAGAUCAUGAACUUUUAUAAAUGUUGUAUUAAACAUUAUUCCUUGCAAACGCAAAGAGCACAAUCUUUCAUCCUCUGAUUUAAAACCUUUAACUGCACAGAGGGCUUCUUUCUUCACAUCAAAUCCUGUUCCAAAAGUGUUAGUAUUAUUGCCACUAUAAAAUAUGGUGUAGUUUUUUGUCUUGAGGAUGUCUGCAUUUUUCAAUCGAAUUUCUUGUAAUGCAACAAAAGAAAUUUUAUAUUUAAUUGGUUGAUUUAUUAACUAUUAGGUUGGCUAAGGCUCCUGCUCUAAACAGGCUUAGCACAUUCAAAGUUGCAAUCCAAAAAAUCAUGUCCAUAUCCAGUCAUGGAUUGAUGUCCAUUAGAAUCAGUCCUCUUUUUAAUUUUGUUGUUUGGCAUUCUAACGUUUAUUUUUUAAUGGCAGGGCUAUAAGCCCUGCGCACAACAGUCUGUGGGGUUUCCCCUUACAGCUCUCUGGUAAGGUUCCUUAGCCUUUUUAAUCCCUCCACUUUCUACAAGGCAGUAGGUUCUGAUUUUGGUCCGCCCCGGGUAACGGGAUUUUAUUUCCACAUUCACAUUAGCCGCAUAUCUGGGGAGGCGCUCGUUGGAAGAUCAGUAUCUCCACAUGAGAAAAACAAGACAGCAAAUAUAAAUGUAAAGUUUGUAAUUGUAUGAGUAGAUCUAUAAAAUAUGGAUAUUUCUUGCCAUGAACACUCAUUUAAGCAACUCGAGCAAUUCAAACUUAAUUUAAUUUAUGAAAACCUAUUACAUUAUCUACAAAAAUAUUUGUAACCUUAAUGUUCAUAUACCUGAUUUUUAAGUUUAUAAAAAUCACAAAUGAUUAUUUCCAGGUAGAGGAGGAGCUUCAAUAUAUGGAAAAAAUUUUGAUGAUGAAAUUACUGAAGACUUGAAACACACAGGUAGAUUUAUUCUUUCUGUUUUGAGAUAGAUUUAGAGGUUGGUUUGUUAACAUAUGUUUAAUGUAGUACUAUUUGCAGGGUCACAAUUACUGCCUUGAAAAAUAGAUACUGAUUUAUUGGAGAUACAACUGAUUCUGAUUGUGUGUUAAGAUCUGCUAACUUCUAAUACCAUUAAUUUAAUAUUUGUCCUGUUUGCUGAGGAAGGCUCUUAUUGUCUUGUAUUCCGAUUCAAGCUCCCACAUAACUUGUCCAACUAUUUCCUAUAAAAUUAAUAACUGAUGUGUUUGAAAUUUUUUUAUAUAAGAAAAUUUAUUAGAUUUACUUAAACAUUUUGAGUGGCAUUUUUUUAAAUGUCAAAAAAAUUGUGGCUAAAAAUACUAUCUCAAUUAAUUCAAUUAAUAUCAAUAAUUGUAAAUGUAAAAAUAAAUAUUUGGAAAUUAAUGUAAUCUUGUAUAUUUAGUAUUAUAUGAAUGUGUAAAAAAAUUAUUUUUGUUCAAAAUCAAGGCUUUAAAUGAUUUUUUAGAUGAAGUAUUAGUUUUAUGGGGGAUGAGAACAUAGUGGGCAUCUGGUAUCACAAUAUUUAAUAACAAAUGCUUUAAACUAUUUUUUAAGGUGCUGGAAUCCUUUCAAUGGCAAACAGUGGACCUAACACAAAUGGAAGUCAGUUUUUUAUUACACUUGCUCCCACACAGUGGUUAGAUGGGAAACACACUAUUUUUGGCCGUGUUUCUUCUGGUAUAAAUGUAGUACAGCGGAUUGGCAUGGUAGAAACAGAUGAUGGGGACAGACCUGUUGAUCCAGUUAAGAUUUUAAAAUCAUACAUAUCACCAACAUCAUAAAGAGAUAUUACAUUUUAUAUGUGCAUUUUCACUUUUCUUUAACAAUGCCUUAUACAUUAUCUGAUUAAAUAUUGACAAAUUAAGUUCAGACCAAAAGUGUGUUUCUUUGUCAAUAUAAUAUGUCAUGUGUGUCCUUCAACCUUAUAUAUAUUUUUUUACUUAUAUAUAUAUUAUUUUUCUAUUUGAAAACAAUUAUUUCAGUAACUUCAAGAUUAAAAACAGAAAACAAAGUAAAAUA